UUUUCAGAGCACUAAAAAAUGCUAGAAGAACAGAAUCUGACAUCGACAUUGGCUCCUCCGGCGCUGUCGCCACUGUUACAAAAGUGCUUCGACGAGUCGUACUUGUUGUUGAUGCCCGACAUCGAGAAAAGAAUUAAUAAUUACAUCUUCCCGAUCCAGUUCAUGAUCACAGUGGUGGGAAACCUGCUGACAAUGACAGUACUUCUCAGUGGACAUAUUAAGAAUAGAGCCAAUCACCUGCUGACAAGCCUUGCUCUCUGCGACAUGCUCGUCUUCUUCAUGAUGAUCCCGCACUACCUCGCCUCACUGGACACUUUCUCUCGAAAUCCCACAUUCCGUCUAUUCCAAUUCCACUCGAAACCUCAUUUCGGCGCGUUGAGUAACUGGUUUUCAGCUGCAGCUAUUUGGUUUGUUUUGGCAGUUUCACUCGAGCGACUCUUGAUCAUCAAAUUCCCAUUUCGAUCAUUGGACGUGCACAAUGGAAAACAAAUAGUCGUCGUAUCGGUAGGGAUCAUGGUGUCCACCCUAUUCCUCACCAGCUAUCAUCACUUCUCCCAUACCUGCAUCACCUAUAUCGCGUGCCAUGGCACUCAGAUCCUUGGCAAGUGCUAUCCGAACACUGAGGACAUGCACGGCAGGAAGAUCAACCCGACGAGCCUAUCCGUGAAGCAGUACCUUCAUACUUCUGUGUACGCAAAUGCGCUGCUCGCCGUGCUUCUGCCGAUUUUCGCUGUGGCAGUGCUCAAUAUUUCACUGAUUCGUUUGGUAAAGCGGAGGCAUUCUGAGGAACUUCUCGUCCGAAACGCUGCCGGACCAUCGAGUAUGGCCGAGCAGGAGAAGAAGAUGACGCACACCGUGCUGGCGAUCGUCUCAUGCUUCACACUGACACAGGGACCGUCGGCCAUAGUUUUCAUUUCACAAAAGAUGUUCCCACCAAAUCAAUAUUCCAUCUAUAUAUCCGUGGUGGCGAAUCAACUAGUGCUCACCGGCAAAAUGCUCAACGUAGUCCUCUUCUGCCUCACCUCAGAGACCUUCCGCCGCCGCCUCUGGCUAACCUGCAGGUUUUGGUGCCAGCUCAUCUUCUACGCGGGUCGCAACAAAACGUCGAGGUCGAACUUCACGCGUUCAAAGUCGGUCAUCACUCAAAAAACAUCGAUUGUCUACUCUCCAUGCUCCCGAAACUUUUCUACAUCCCGAAAGGUCAGCAGUUCCAGUGUAGUCGCGCCGAAAGGGGCUAGUCAGCUGAUCUCCAAUCCUUCUACGGAUAGCUUCCCGACCCCGCCGACGAGCACGGCAAGGACCACGCAGAGCACACAAGUUUAAGUUUAGUAACUCAUUUUAAAUCUCUCUUUGUUUUCAUUCCUAUCUUGAUCUAUUUGUCUAUGUGUCGGGUUCAGUAAUGUUGUGAAUAUAAACAUUUGAAUUUUUGA